UGCUGCCCGAACUUGGAUUUCUCCGAGACCGAAGACGGUUGGUUGCUGGCUACACCCGAGAGACAACUGAGGACCCGGCAACCCAGACUGAGAAGGCCCUUCGAGAGGGAGCGGGGCUCGCAACGCACAGAUCCCAAAGAAUAGAGCAUCCUCCCACUCAUUUAGUAAUCAGGCCCUAAAAAGAAACACUCAAGUCAAUACAAGGAGGGAAACACUAGAACAGCAGAAAUUUGGCCAUGGGAAGGAAUUGCACUGAGUCCAAAGGAGAUCUUAAGGUUAAUGAAGAAUAAGAUGAGAAUCCAAAGGUCAUCACCUGUGCAAGAUAAAAGGAAUGACGAAGAAGUAUGGAAUUUAAAAUCUGAGGUAAUCGGGGAGGAAUGUCUGUGGAGGAAGGGAUCUUCUAAGUUCAUUUCAUAUGUGGGUGAGUUAUCCUGUAAGCGAUAUCUAGUUACCAACGAUACCCACCAAUGGUGGAUUCCUGGGGCUCCUCACCUCUAUUGGUCCAGAAAACAAAAACAGGGAUGUUCUUAUAUUCAAAAGGAAAAGUUAUAUGAAUGUAUUACCACAGAUCCCAACCCUUUCCAUGAUGAUCCCCAAAUGUACAAGUUUUGGAGUAAAAAUGGGGUCACUUCUGUAGAACAUCAUAAAUUCUGGAGAGCCCCAAAUGAGUUAUUUUGGCUUUGUGGUAGAAUGGCAUAUGUAAUGUUGCCUAAAGAUUGGACAGGAAGUUGUACACUAGGUAUUAUAAAACCUUCUUUCUUUUUACUGCCCAGAGACGGAAGUCAACAUCUAGGAAUUCCCUUAUAUGAUGAAUUAAAACGUAAAAGAAGAGACUUAAUUGGUGGAUCUCAAAAGUGGGGGGAAGAAGAGUGGCCUCCAGAAAGAAUAAUCGAGACAUAUGGCCCUGCCACCUGGGCCCAAGAUGGGUCGUGGGGGUACCGAACUCCCAUUUAUAUGUUAAAUAGAAUUAUUAGAUUACAGGCAGUGUUGGAAAUCAUAACCAAUGAAACGGCCAUGGUCUUAGAUCUGAUCUCUACCCAAAACCGCCAAAUGAGGACGGCUAUCUACCAAAAUCGAUUAGCAUUAGAUUAUUUAUUGGCAGAAGAAGGUGGGGUCUGUGGUAAAUUUAAUUCAUCAGAGUGUUGUAUUGAAAUUGAUGAUUAUGGAGAUCUUAUCAAAAAUAUUACAACCAGGAUUAGGAAAUUGGCACAUGUCCCAGUCCAGAGAUGGAGCCCUCUAAUAAAAUUAAAUUGGUGGGAUAACCUCUUAGGGGGAGAAUGGUGGAAGAAGGUUUUAUUGAUUGUAGGAGGUGCCUUAAUAAGUCUUAUUCUACUUCCUUGUUUAAUACCUUGUUUAAUUCGGUUGAUAACUAACAUUGUGCAGAAUUCCCUAGAAAGCUUAAGCAGAGAGAAGAUCGAGAAGAUCAUGAUCAUACAAGAAAAUAAACUGGGAAAGAACUCUGAAACUGCUAAGAAGACCUAUGAAAAGUACCAGAAAUUAAGAAAAAUUUACCAAGUUUAUGAUGCUCCUGUUUAAAUUAAAGGUUUGAUGCGGGCUAAAGCCCGAUCAAAGAUUUAGAGGGGGGAGUUGUUACAAAUAAACUCGUUUUAAUAGGUGGGAGUGGUGAUGGGGUGUAGGUAAUUGUUAAUUAAUGUAACCAAUUGUCAAUGUAAUGAAUUGUUAAAUUGUUAAUGUAGUAAGUGGUUGUGAGUUACUGUUAGUUACGAAGUUUAAUAUGUACCCUUAGUUAAAUGUUGGUGCACAGUUGCCAAUCAAGGGGGGGGAGGCCAGGUGCAUCAGAGAACUACAUCAUCAGUCCAACCUGCUAUUGGAGGAACAGACCAACCAAUGGUGCCUCGAAGUUCAGGAAUGAUUGGCCAGAAAUGCACCAUCUUAUAAACCAAUCAAGGACCAGAAAAGGAGCCAAUCAACGAGAGGAUCAAGAACGCACCAAUUGACGGCCUCCAGAGACUUUAAUAACCCCGGGUGCUGGCCACCCCGGGUCUUUCCGCGGACUUGGUUGCCAAGGAAACA